CGAAGUUCUUCAUUAGGAUCUCGUGUAUUUACAUUUUUCAUCGUUGCGGAGUUAUUUUGGACUACUUUUAUUUACAAAUACCAAAACUUUUGCUCUGAAAAGUUGUUAUUGCCAUUUGUGAGUGAUUUUUUGGUGAUAGUUGGGACACAAGAGCAUUUAAAAUGGGUGGAGGCGAUUUGAACUUGAAGAAGUCCUGGCACCCCUCGACGAUGAAGAACAUGGAAAAAGUGUGGAAGGCGGAGCAGCAGGAUAAUCGAGAGAAGAAGAAAAUAGCUGAACUGAAACGAGACAUUGAAAUGGAAAAGGACAGGGAGGACAUGACAAAAUAUGCGAUGCAGCAGGGAGUGAUUGCCAAGAAAGACGACAAAAAACUGGACUGGAUGUACAAAGGACCGAAUCAGGGAAUCAAUAGGGAAGAUUAUCUUACUGGCAAAGCUAUUGAUAAGACGUUUGAGCAGCAGGCACAGGCUGAGCGAGAUGUUGAGAGGAACAGAAUGCCCAGCAAUCAUGUUGAAUACGAAUGUGUACCACCUUCAUUGCGAUUUUUUUCUGGCAAUGAACAAGUGGAUUUGCAGAAGAAACUCCAGGAGGAUCCAUUGUACGCCAUAAAGAAGAAGGAGAUGGAGUCCAGGACGCAAUUACUAAAGAAUCCUGUGAAGCUUAAGCAGCUCAAGGAAUUAGUUAGCAAGAAAAGAGGCAGUCCAGAACGAUCAUCAUCGAAGCACCACAAGUCCUCGAAACACCAUAAGGAGUCCCACAAAUCUAAGAAAGACGAUGGUAAACAACAUUCGAAGAAGAAAGCCAAACUCUCUGACGAGGAAAAAGAAAAAAGACUGAAGGAAAUGCUGGCCAAUGCCUCCUGGAGGGAUAAGGAGCGAGCGAAAAAUAUCAAGAAGUAUCGAGACCAGGACAAAAAAGAGCAGAAAAAUAAAUCAUUUGACAAGGACUUCAUCAGAAAACACUUGGUAAAGGCAACAGAAGUCGAGACGGUGGCGUCGCGGAUCAAAUCAAACAUAAAUAACAUCCAAAGAUCAGGACGGGCGAUGGACACAAAUUUCGCGAGGAGGUAGCGCUUGCAUUGAAGGUCUGAGAUCAAUCAACUUCAAACCUUUAAAAUCUUUUUUGGUAGAAUUGUUGAAUUUUUAAUUUAUAUAACUUUACAAUAAGUACGCCGACGAAUGAAUAAAGCAUGUAAUGAAUGGAUUAAA